UAAAUUGCGUUUUCUGGAUUGUUAAUUAAACAUCGUUCUUUGUUUUCUCUCAGCCCCCUUUGAAAAAAUGGACAUUGAACCCUCUUUGGUGGGUUCAGCUGAGAGAUUCAAGCUAGAUCAUGAACUCGAAUUGCACGAAUUCGAGGACAAGUUUGUCAUCAAAUCCCUUCAAUCGCCCAAUCAAGGCUUCUGGAUUAGCCGCCGCGAUGGGAACAUCAAUUUCCUUGAUGAUGAGACAUGCUCUGGAAGUCCUUCAAGGACAUCAACAAUUUAUGGUGUGGUGGGAACAAUAAGACUUGUUGUAGGAACGUAUGUUGUUGUAAUAACCUCUUGCAAGGAAGUUGGAAGUUUCCUCGGCUAUCCAGUAUAUCGCGUGAUGUCUAUGAGAGUACUUGCCUGUAAUGACGCUUUAAAGUUUUCAACUGGGCAGGAAAAAAAGGAUGAGGCUUACUUCAUGACACUAUUGAACAUAGUGGAGUCAACGCCGGGUUUGUACUAUUCGUAUGAAACUGAUAUUACGUUGAACUUGCAGAGAAGAAAUAAGCUAGUGGAAGGGUGGAUGAGUAAGCCAUUAUGGAAGCAGGCUGACCCUAGAUAUGUCUGGAAUAGACAUCUUUCAGAGGAGCUUAUCGAGUGUAAGCUGGACAGAUUCAUCGUGCCCAUAAUACAAGGAAGCUUCCAAGUAGCAGAACUGAAGCUAAAAGAUUCACAUGCGAUGGUAACAUUAGUUUCGAGGAGAUGUAAUCGGCGCCUAGGAACAAGAAUGUGGAGAAGAGGAGCUAACCUUGAAGGUGAUGCUGCCAAUUUUAUUGAAACUGAACAGUUACUUGAAACUGAAGGAUUCAGAUCUUCAUUUUUGCAGGUUCGAGGCUCAAUUCCUCUACUGUGGGAGCAGAUUGUUGAUCUAAGCUAUAAACCACACCUUAGUGUCAUUAAACAUGAGCAAACGCCACUUGUAGUGGAGCGUCAUUUCAGUGAUCUAUCACAAAGAUACGGAGAGAUAAUAGCAAUUGAUCUAACCGAAAAACAUGGUGAAGAAGGUCAAUUAAGUGCAGCAUAUGCUGCUGAAAUGAAAAAUGUGCCAAACGUCAGAUAUGUGCCAUUUGAUUUCCAUGGCCACUGUAAGGACUCAAACUUUGAUAAUCUGGAAAUCCUGUAUGACCAAAUCUCUGAGGAUGCUGAGAAACAAAGAUACUUCUUGAUAGAUAGAGAAGGAAAUGUACAAGAGGAGCAGAGAGGAGUUAUUAGAUCAAACUGUGUUGAUUCCCUUGAUCGAACAAAUGUUACUCAGUGUUAUCUGGCGCAGAAAGCCUUAAAUCUACAGUUGCAGAGGAUUGGGGUGCUUAGUCCUUCUGAGUGCAUUUCUAUGUUUGAUGAAGAAUAUGGAAAGUAUAGAGCAUUGUGGGCGGAACAAGGUGAUGAAAUAAGCCUCGAGUAUACUGGGACUCAUGCCCUCAAAGGGGACAUAGUGAGGUAUGGAAAGCAAACAAUAUUCGGAAUGAUUAAAGAUGGGAUGAGUGCACUUUCGCGAUAUUACUUAAACAAUUUCCAUGAUGGAAUUCGACAGGAUGCUUUGGAUUUAAUAAGUGGCCACUAUACUGUCAAUCGAAACAGUCUUUCUCCAAUCGGGCAGAAUGGCUUUGAUCCUUUUUCUCACAAUUUGAAUGCAGUUUCUGGAAAUACACUUUGUCUCACAAGUACAAAUACAAGUAUUGAAUAUGAUACGUUCCUUCCGGUGACAUCAGCAUUGAUAUUGGGCGAAAUGUGCACCAGUACGUGUCUACUGCAAUCUGUGCUGGAAUAACUGCUGGAGUUAUGGCAAUUCUCAAAGCUAAUGGAAGGCAGUUUUGUUCAAGGCCCCGCUUGUGCGGUCUCUUGUAAUACAAGUAAUCACUUAUUCGCUUCCUCCAAUGAACAGAAUGUAGAAAGUUUGUGUGUCUUAUUCGAUAUUGUAAAUAUAAUGCUUAUGCUGUUAAAUAAUUUGUGUAAAGAUUGAUAGUUAGCUAUCCAUCCUGUUGAUCAGUUGGUGUAGCAUGGACCUCGGAUUUCCAUUGAGAUGUCCAGAUUUUGGUUCUUUUAAAAGAAAAUACAGAAUACAAAAUUAAUUCUUUGUUUCUAAUCUAUUUUCAUUUGUGGA